AUGGGCAAGAAACGCAAGGCCUCCGCGAAACCGACCCAGCCCAGUGGGCCACGCGACUACGAUCCUAAGGAGGCUCGUCUCGGCCCCGUCAACACGUUCGAAGAUCUUGGCGACUCCGAGGAGGAAUACUGGAAGAAUCAGGAUGAGAUCCUUUUCGACGAUGCCCCCAAGUCCAAGAAGCAGAAGCGCCUCGAGGAGGAGGAAGAGUUUCUAGAGGAUUCUGAUGUGGACGUUUUGGAUUACAACCAAGAUUCAUCCGAAGACGAAGACGAGGACGAGGACGUGAAAGCCGUGGCGACGAAAUUCAAGAAGGGAGCGAAGGCUCAGGAUGAUGAAUCUGGAUCGGAGCGCGGCAAUGAGGACGAUGAGGAUCCACGCUGGUGGGGCGCCUCUCGUAAAGAGUAUUACAAUGCCGACCAAAUCGAAACCGAAGGAGACGCUUUGGAGGAAGAGAGAGAGGCUCUGCGCUUGCAAAAGAAGAAGUUGUCCAAACUGCGCGAAGAGGAUUUCAUAUUCAACGAGGACGAAUGGAUGGCCCCCGAGGAUGAGAAGAAGGACGGAAACGCUGUUGUUACCGAGGUCUUGAAAGAUGCCGAAAUCCCAGAAGACAUGUCCCCGGAAGAGAGGCUCCGAUUACUUCAGGCUCGAUACCCCGAGCUGGAGUACCUUGCGGAGGAACUUUUGCAACUGCAGCCUUUGCUUGUAACGCUGCAAAAGGACGCCGAGGGACAAACAAGCAAGUCACUAGCUACUAUCAAGUACAGGAUCUUAGGCUGCUACGUCGCGACAUUGGCAUUAUACUUUGCCACGCUAACAUCCCCCGCUCGUGAUGCAGACGGCUCAGCAUUGGCAUUGGACCCGGCGGAGUUGAGAGACCAUGAGGUUAUGGGAACUUUGCUCGAGUGCCGAGAGGCAUGGAAAAGGGUGAAGGACCUCAAGGCAUCAAAGACUGUUGAAGCCACUGCAAGUUUGUUGUCUCCUCCAGAGGAGGAUGCAAUGUCGGUCGACGAAGAUUUAGAGGUGUCAUUAAAACGCCCCAAGAAGACCGACAAGAAGAAGAAAUCGAAGCGGGUGGAACGUCCCGCUGUGGAUAUCGAAGAUUCUCUGGCGGAUCUUUCUGCCCUCAUGACCACGGCCAAGAAGUCCGAGAAGAAGGCGAAGGCCAAAACAACCUCCGAUGAACUGUCUGACUUUGGCGAUGAAGAGGCUCUCGAUUCCAAAGCGGCAGCGGAGAAGGCAGCACGCAAGAAGAGUUUGCGCUUCUACACUUCCCAGAUUGUCCAGAAAGCGAACCGCCGCGCCGGUGCUGGACGGGAUGCGGGUGGUGAUGUGGAUAUCCCAUAUCGGGAGCGCCUGAGGGAUCGACAAGCUCGCCUUAACCGUGAGGCAGUGAAGCGUGGCCAGAGCGCGAAGGGUGUAGAAUUGGGAGGUGACAGUGACGACGAGGACCAACGCACUUCACAUGUUGUUCGAGAAGACGAGGACGAGUACUACGACAUGGUAGCCCAUAAGACGGCUGCGAAGAAGGAGGGAAAGGCUGCUCGUGCUGCUGCUCUGGCUGCUGCCAGUGCUUCUGACCGUGUCGUUGAAACCGAGGAGAUCGGUGAGGACGGAAAGCGAAAGAUAACAUACGCUAUUGAGAAGAACAAGGGCCUCGCACCAAAACGAAAGAAGGACAACAACCCAAGAGUAAAGAAGAGGAAGAAGUACGCCGACAAACAGAAGAAACUAAAGAGUAUGAAGGCCGUGUACAAGGGCGGAGAGGGCAAGGGAGGAUAUGGCGGUGAGUUGACCGGUAUCAAGUCAGGCCUGAUCAAGAGCCGAAAACUGUAG